AUGCGGUUGUGGAUUGCUGAAGGCUUUGUUCAAAAGACGGAGGUAAAGAGCCUAGAGGACACAGCUGAGGACUACAUAAUGGAUCUAAUUGUGAGAAGCUUGGUUAUGGUUGACAAACCAAAAUCUACGGGUGGAGUCAAAACUUGCCGCAUCCAUGACUUGUUGCAUGAAUUUUGUUUGAGAAAAGCCACAGAAGAAAAUCUUCUAAAGUUGAGACGUGAUGAUGCAGGACUUCCUAAGUUUGAUGAGCCAAGUAAUACACGUCGAUUGUUUAUUUACUCUAAAGCAAGGCAUUUUCAGAAGUCAAGGCUAUUUUGUCCUCUUCUAAGCUCUCUGGUGGUCUCCAUCCAGAGCGAGGAAUAUGGAACUCCAUACAAUGUAUCAUCCAUUUUUUGCGUCUUCAAACUUCUGAGAGUGUUGGAUUUGGGAAAAAUUAAUCUGGGAUUUGUUUUUCCUGGCGAAAUUACUUUGCUUGUUCAAUUGAGAUACUUGGCGUUUGCAGACAUUGAGGUGUCUCCAUGUAAGUGCUCCUCAGAUUUGUGUAACCUAGACACUAUAUCAGCUCUUGAGCUUGACUUGGGGCAAAGCAUGGAUAAGAUAAUGAAGAAGUUUCCACAUAUCCGCAAACUGAAAUGUAGUCUCCAUGAAACAGAAGAAGCAUGUGGGGAUUGGAGCAAGAUUGUGGCAAUGGACUUUCUGAGACGACUGGAAUCACUGAAGCUGUCUUUUUACCGUGUGAAAGAUAAGGAUUAUGGGUUCAGUUUCCCCAUGAAUCUAAAAAAGUUGACCCUGGAAGCAUUUCCUUGGAGUAUGAUUUCCUCAAUAGGAAGCCUACCUAAUCUUGAGGUUCUCAAAUUACUGGGUACAAAAGCUGGUGGGGAAGAAAUAUGGAACAUGGAAGAAGGGAAUUCCCUAAACUCAAAUUCUUGA